UUGUGGUCCGGCCCAUUGCGAGGGUGACAGGAAACCCUGUGCAGGGAGCGCCGCCAUCUUGGACCUGCCCGAGGAAGAUCUUGAGGGAGCUGCGGGAGCAGUCGCCUCGUCCACCGCCACUGUCGCCAGCCGCCUGCAGCUUCUCGGCCAGCCCGCUACCUGCCGGGGCCUCGGCCGACCGCCCCCGCCCCUCUCCCGCUGCAUCCGCCUCUUCUUCCUCGUCCUGACGCCCCCCUCCCGCCCGGAAAGCUGCCCAGCCACCAGCAACCCCCCAGUGCCACCAUGGCAACUGCACCGUACAACUACUCUUACAUCUUUAAAUAUAUUAUUAUUGGGGACAUGGGAGUAGGAAAAUCUUGCUUGCUUCAUCAAUUUACAGAAAAAAAAUUUAUGGCUGACUGUCCUCACACAAUUGGUGUUGAAUUUGGUACAAGAAUAAUUGAAGUUAGUGGCCAAAAAAUCAAACUGCAGAUUUGGGAUACAGCAGGACAGGAGAGGUUUAGGGCUGUCACACGAAGCUACUACAGAGGAGCUGCAGGAGCACUUAUGGUGUAUGAUAUCACUAGAAGAAGUACAUACAAUCACUUAAGCAGCUGGUUGACAGAUGCAAGGAAUCUCACCAAUCCAAAUACUGUAAUAAUUCUCAUAGGAAAUAAAGCAGAUUUGGAGGCACAGAGAGAUGUUACAUAUGAAGAAGCCAAACAGUUUGCUGAAGAAAAUGGCUUAUUGUUCCUUGAAGCAAGUGCAAAAACGGGAGAGAAUGUAGAAGAUGCUUUCCUUGAGGCUGCCAAGAAAAUCUAUCAGAACAUUCAGGAUGGAAGCUUGGAUCUGAAUGCUGCCGAGUCUGGUGUACAACACAAACCUUCAGCUCCACAGGGAGGCCGGCUAACCAGUGAACCCCAACCCCAGAGAGAAGGCUGUGGCUGCUAGUGACCUCUUUGCCGAGGCUCUCAUUUGACCUUUCACCUCUGUCUGUUGGAAGCAGUACUUUUUACUGCCUCAUUGUCUCCUGUACAUCUUACUGGGUUUAAUUAAAAAAAAAGAAGAAAAAACAACUCUGUUGUAAAAACAGUUUAACACAAUACUAAACUGCUAAACAACUAGAUGUAAUCAGGUUAUCAAAGGCAAGUAGAGUAAUAAAUCUCUCCUGCAUGGUAAAUCUAGACUUUUUUCCCCCCGAUUGUCCUCGUGAUAGGUAUGUCACCAAUACAUGAUUUACACUGAGCACUGAUGCUGGACUUGAUUUUUACCCUUCCCUCUUUUUGGCAAGGCUUUGUCUCAUUGUACGGUUUAGUUUGAUGAUAUCUUAAGCCUUUCUACCCAUCUUAAACUGUUCAAGUAUGUCUGUUGUAACCCAUUAAGUUUAUUGCUGUGAAAUGACUUCUGAUGAUAGAGAAGGGGUAGUUCUUCAACUCCUUUUGUUUUGUUUUUGUCGGAUAAAUUCCCUGUUGUGUGGGUGGCAUUUUUUCUUGAGGAGGUUUGCUUCUGUCCUAGCCUUGCACAGGGAAAAUAUCCAAUUAUCUUUUCUCUUGUGCUUAAUUAAUAGCUUUAUCUUUUUUUUACACCAUUUUAUCUUUUUCUUUUUAGCAGAAAGUAAAUAUGUAUAAAAUUUGAAGGAACCGAACUAACAAUACAUUCUGUGUAUAUUAUUUUAAUGAAGAAAAUAAAUUGAUUACUGGCAUUGGAACAGUAUAAAAUACCAGUUUGUACAGUAUGACCUAUAUGUGACCAUGUUACUCCCUUCCAUUUCACACAAGGAAAUAGACACAACUGCAGUUCACAUGUAAUACUGGCUCCACCCUUUGGUGCUGGCAGUGUUUGGGGACAUUAUGCUGGAACGAGCUCCUGGCGUGAGAGGAUUAACACUAGCAGAUUCUGUUCCAUCUUUGCACUGUGGCUUACCUGCUGAUUUUCGUAACUGUUCUUGUGCAAUCAACAAUGUGCUAACCUGCUUUUCUCUCUUUGUAAACAUUUUGCAUUACAGGCUGCAUUUCUUGCCUUACUGUAUAGAAAAAGAAAAAAGGCUGGGUUUAUUAUUGCACAUUUUAAGCUUUUAUACCUUUAUCUUCUUGGAACGGUGAGAUUCUGAACCAGACAGCCAGAACCGCAGGUCUGCUGUUAAGGGAUUUUAAAUUGUGCAUUUUUUAACACUACAGUGAAGUAAUUUAAGAUAUCCCUUGUGUUCUUAGUGUGAGGGGCUGUUUUAUGUCAUGUUGGCAUAAAUUGUUUUGUAAAAGGGAAAGUAUUUGUAACGGUGUGUCAAUGUUUGUGCUGAUACAAAGUAAGUUACUACUUUGCACUAGGUGGUUUGGCCACUGACAAAAUACUGUAUUGCAAGGGAAACAGUCUUAUUUCUUUAGACAACAAACUUUGUUUUACCACAUUCUUCUGUUGAUUGAUUUUUAAUUGAGUUUGUGGUUCAGGCUGGGAAUUGAGAAGUUAUUUGAAGUAGGAUAGGUAAACCUCAGUAUAUUAUAUAAAAUGCACUCUCAGCGCAACUGCUGUGUUUAAAAUACACAUUUUAAAUCCCUAUUUACAGACACUAAAAAAUACAGCUUUCUGGGUUGUAAACAUGUGGUAGUACCAGAGUAUUGUAUAGUCAUUGUUAAAUAAAAGCCAAAACUGGAAUGUGCAGAACAUAGGAUUUGGUUAAUUUGUGGACUCAUCUUUAUUUCUGUCUUUGUUUAACUUUUUAAAAAAACAAGAUACCUGGAGUAGAUUGGUGUAUUCUGUUACAGAACUACAGUCACCAUUUUUUGCUUACACUGUUGCAUCACGAGGGACUCACCCGGGGACCAUGACCUGCUGGUCUGUGUAUAUAGUUACAAAAACAAAACCAACCAACCAGCCACGGGGUGUAAGGUAGCAAUCACAGACUCAGACUGCGCUUGUUCAGUGCAAUAGCCCGACUCCCAGUUAGCUACAGUGGGUCUCAUCGUUCCUGUGACAGGAUUUACUCAGACUGCUGUACCCUUCAUUUGAUGUAACAAAAUGCUAUUAAUCGAAAUAUUUGUAAAUAAAGUACCUGUAUCUAGAUUAAAUUAAAAUCGUUUGUAUUAUUUUCUGAACUAUAAUAGAAUUUCAUAUUUUCUUCAGGCAAACAGUUACUUGGCAUUAGUUGCCAGUUUUUAUUGCAGAAUUGCCCUUAUUUGUUGUAUAAAGAGAAGUCUACAUAUGUAGCGUAUAAAUGCGCAUCACUGAGUAAGUUGAACUGGUUUUAUCCUUGUGUCUGGAUCACACCUGCAGUGUUUUUUAGCCUUUUUCAGUGUGAGAUCAGCGUAUUUUGAUGCCUGAUAGUGUUCUCCCUUGACUGUACUUGGGGCCAAAUUCUGUUACUUGCAUGUGUUAUCCCCUAUAAUAAACUUGGGUGCUCAAAA